AUGAGGUUCAUUCUUUCUCUUCUAAUUUGCAUCACAGCAGCCUUCUUUGCAUAUCGUCCAAUUCAAGACUCAGUUACUGUAUACCUCAAGCACAAGACACCAGCAAGCCUCUCGCACUUCUUCGCAAAGACCAGCAGCAAUAUAGUUGCUCCUGCAACUUCUCCUUUCGAUCUAGAAUCCCCUCCUAUCGUCGCACCCAUCAGCAAGAUGUCUGCCCCUCGUGCAAUCCGUCAAGUUUUCCUGGCCAUUGAGCAAUCAGAGGGCGCAGGUGCCCGCGUUCGCCGCUCCAUCGGCACCCCUAAGCUGCGAAACUUUAGCCCCUUCCUCAUGCUUGAUCAUUUCACCAUCGGCAAGGGCGCCGGUUUCCCGGACCACCCCCACCGCGGCCAAGAAACCAUCACCUACCUACUCUCCGGUGGGGUCGACCAUGAGGACUUCGCUGGAAACAAGGGCACCAUUGGACCCGGAGAUCUACAGUUCAUGACCGCCGGCCGCGGCAUUAUGCACGCUGAAAUGCCCCACGAGAAUCCCGACGGAAGUCCCAACGUCGGCAUGCAGCUGUGGGUUGACUUGCCACAGAAGCUUAAAAUGUGCGAGCCUCGCUACCGUGACCUACGCUCCACUGAGAUUCCAAUCGCGAAAGCCGAUGACGGCCGGGUCACGAUCAAGGUCAUCUCGGGCCAGUCUCAUGGUGUUGACUCUGUCCGUGAUCUGGCCUAUACCCCGGUCUGGAUCUUGGAUGUUACUAUCCGCCCCGGUGGCCGUCUCUCUCAGACUCUGCCCCAAGGGUGGAAUACCUUUGUCUACACUUUGUCUGGUAGCACCGUCUUUGGCUCUAAUGAUUCCACGAAGGCUGUGAAGGAGUUCCACAAUGUGGUAUUUGAGCAAGCCGGUGACUUCAUUGAGGCCUCUGUCCCUGAUAAUGCUGACGAUGAAUCCCGCUUCCUGAUUGUUUCUGGUCAGCCACUGGAUCAGAAGGUGGUUCAGUAUGGUCCGUUCGUUCUCAACAGCCAAGAAGAGGUUCGCCAGGCUAUGAUUGAUUAUCAAACUGCGUCAAACGGAUUUGAAAAGUCGCGUGGCUGGGAAAGUGAGAUUGGCAAGCGCAUGGGGGCUUAUUAG